CGAACCGGAACAUACGGUCUCGUAUGCGUUGGCGUUUCGGCAGCCACCAACAGGAGAGGCCAUAAAUACUUCGGACAUGGUGGCGGCAGCGGCGGCAGCAGAAGUGUAGCUUAUUGUUUUAUUAAACACCCCGAAAGGGCUGCGAUGCAAGCGGCGUCCUCCUAUUUCUUCACGGCUAAGCCACACGCACCCAAAAACUCGAGGGUCGGGGUGAGAGCGCAAGGCAAUUCCCUCGGUAUCGGUGAUCGGGUUGCUGCCGAAAAGUCGAUGGCCGUCAAGUGGUCUCAGAAGACCGUCGUGAUCCCCCCUCUCAAGAGAGGAUGUCACAUCGUCACCCACAAGCUGGUGAAAGAGAUCGAAGAGGAUCUGUCCGGAUACAAGUGUGGCCUCGCUCAUUUCUUUCUGCAACAUACGAGUGCCUCUCUGACCAUCAACGAGAACUAUGACCCGGAUGUCCAGCAUGACAUGGAGACGUUUCUUAACAAGACUGUACCAGAGGGUAGAAGCGCUCCUUGGACGCAUACGAUGGAAGGUGCUGAUGAUAUGCCUGCUCAUGUAAAAUCGUCAAUGUUCGGCUGUUCCCUCACGAUCCCAGUAACAAAUGGACGCCUUAAUAUGGGAACUUGGCAGGGGAUAUGGCUGUGUGAGCACAGAGACCAUGCUACUGCUCGCAAAGUCGUGAUUACGAUAAAUGGUGUAUAAAAUGUUAAAAUUAUUAGGCUUUAACGGGGAGCACGUGUUAAUUUAAAGUUGGGGCGUUGAGCACAUGAUGAAUCAUGCGGUGUAAUAAAUGCUUAUGGUGCUCGUGAGAGAGAGCCUUGGAACUUCUACGUUUCGUUUGAUGUAUGGAAUUUCCUUGGUUUAUAUCUUUUGCUUGUAGAAAACAUUUUACUUCCAGGGUGGUGUAAGGAAAGUGGACAGCUGCUAAUCCAAGUACAUUGUUUAAACA